AUGAAUCUAGCUAACUUCUCUUACUUCUCGGGCAUGUGCAACAUGACGGCGGAGUCGCAGCACUCGCCAGCCGAGGCAGCCAGUCCAGUGGUGGUGUCACCCAACGUUAGCCUGGACUCGCCGAUACCGCCAUCUCUGCUACAUCAAGCUCGAACCAAAGAUGGGGUUCUCAUCAAGUCCGAACCGCGGGGGAGCAGUCCCAACACUGACCGAGAGGAGGGGGUAUCUUUGGGUCAAACUGAGGAGCAUCUGCCGCCAAGUGGGAGUCGACGUAGGAAAAGGCCGGUACAGCGAGGAAAGCCUCCUUAUAGUUACAUAGCCUUAAUAGCUAUGGCCAUAGCCAAUUCCCCUGAGAGAAAACUCACCUUGGGUGGUAUCUAUAAAUUCAUCAUGGAACGCUUUCCCUUUUACCGCGAGAACUCCAAGAAGUGGCAGAACUCAAUACGACAUAACUUAACAUUGAAUGACUGUUUUGUAAAGAUUCCAAGAGAACCCGGGAGGCCCGGUAAAGGCAAUUACUGGACACUGGAUCCUGCCGCUGAAGACAUGUUUGACAACGGUAGUUUUCUGCGGAGGAGAAAGCGGUUCAAGCGCACUGACGUAAGUACGUAUCCCGGCUACAUGCAGAGCUCCAGCGCCUUUACGCCAGCACCCAUGGGUAGACCGACAUACCCAAACACACUGUAUCCUGGAAUGGCAUCCAGCUACGGUUCACAGCUGGGGGGAUCCCCUCACCCAGCCAUGCUACAUCAUUACCAGGCCUCGGCCGGGGUCGCCCAAGGACAGCCGAGGAUGUUCAGCAUCGACAACAUCAUUAAUCAGCAAACGGUCAUGCAGAGCGGGCCUGGAGGAGAGCUCAAUCCUCAAGCGCUUGGUUUGGGCACUGGCGACCUAGGGAACAUGUCGGCCAGUUGUUCAAUAACUGGCACCGACCCCAGCUGCUUUCAAACGCAGUCAUUAAAUCCCACAAACAUGCAAAGUAGAAACAGUGGCGCCCUAACUUCAAAUCUCACGUCAGGGUAUCCUUACACCACCUCGGGGUCUCCUCCUCACUUAGCAGCGGUUUCACAAUCCGGUUUCUCACCGGGUAGCUCACAGGUGUACUGUACCGGUAACAGAAUAUCGUUACCUCCUGUGCGCUCUGGAUCUUGUGCCGAACACACAGAACAGCUCCUUGGACUAUCCGGCCCCGCCAUGAACUCCUAUAACAACUCUUACAUGAGACAGACCAACUUUGCCUCAGGCCUUGAACGGUACAUGUGA